AACUUAUAAAAGUAUGACACUACGUCACAAUUCAGUCACUAGCAAAUUUUAAUUUUGAAACUAAUUAAUCCCACCUUAUGAGAACGUUUUGACAAUGAUUUUUUAUUUUUAUUUUUUCUAGAGUUGAACAUAACUUAUGUGUUUGUCAUAAAAUUUUCAAAUAACAACUUCUAAGUUAUUUUUCACUUCUUGACUCACAAUAAGUAAAACCCAAUUUUACUUCAUAUUCAUGAACAAAUACAACUAAAUCAAUUCUCAAAUAUCGUUUUCGCUUAAAAAAAAAGAAGUUAAGUUUGUUUUGAAAUUUCACAAUAAAAUAUUGUCAAAUAAGAAUAUCCGAGUAUAAUUUUGGUUAAUGUAGGUGUCACACCCUAAUUUUAAGCACUGAAUUUUCUAGUUCGAUCAAAAAUUACGUGCUAUAAUAGUAGAAAGAGUUAAAUAGCUAGUUCUGAAGUGGUAUGAUAUCAAUAAGGCUUAGUCUCAGAAGACUUUCUGCAAUAUCAAGAUUUGCCUAUGCUGGAUGGGGAGAUUUUUUGGCUAUGGAGAACAGAAGCUAUCAUUUAAUGCAGGAGUACCAUGACUUUCCUCCACAGAACAUGCUAGCAAUCAAUUCCCAGUUGAAGGAAUUGGUUAAAAAUGGUGAGCUAGAAAAUGCACGCCAGAUGUUUGACAAAAUGACUCAAAGGGAUGAGGUCUCAUGGACAAAUAUGAUUUCUGGUUACGUUAAUAACUCUAGUCCGUUACAAGCGUUGUCUUUAUUCUUAGAAAUGCGGCGUGAUCCUACUAUCAAAAUGGACCCUUUUGCUCUUAGCCUCGCGGUGAAGGCAUGUGGGCUUAGUGUGAAUUUGACGUGUGGUGAGUUAUUACAUGGGUAUUCGAUGAAAGCUAAUUUUGUUAGUUCUGUUUAUGUGGGUAGUUCACUUGUUGACAUGUACAUGAAAGCUGGUAAAGUGAUUGAGGGUUGUGGAGUUUUUGAUGAAAUGCCUCUUAGGAAUGUAGUUUCUUGGACCGCUGUUAUAACUGGGCUUGUCCGAGCAGGUUACAAUGAGGAAGGGUUGGUGUAUUUUUCUGAAAUGUGGAGGGAUGGUGUAGAAUGUGAUUCGUAUGCUUAUGCGAUUGUGUUAAAAGCGUGUGCUGAUAUUGGGUGUUUGAAUUACGGGAGGGAAAUGCAUACUAGGAUAGUGAAGAAAGGCUUGGAUGUGAGCUCUUAUGUCGCUAAUAGUCUUGCUACUAUGUACAAUAAAUGUGGGAAACUAAAUUAUGGUAUGUGCUUGUUUGGAAGAAUGAAGUCGCGAGAUGUUGUCUCGUGGACUACAGUAAUCACAACAUAUGUUCAAAUUGGUCAAGAUCAAUAUGGUAUACAAGCAUUCUUGAGAAUGAAAGAGUCGAAUGUGACUCCUAAUGAAUAUACAUUUGCUGCAGUUGUUGCUGCUUGUGCAAAUCUUUCAAAACUAGACUGGGGUGUACAACUGCAUGCAAAUGUUUUACGUGUAGGUUUUGCUGAUUCUCUGUCUGUGUCAAAUUCAAUUGUCACAAUGUACUCCAAAUGUGGACAAUUGGAUUCAGCCUCACUUAUAUUUCAUGAAAUGAGUAAAAGAGACAUUGUUUCUUGGAGCACAAUUAUUGCUGGGUAUGCUCAGGGUGGUUGUGGUGAGGAAGCUUUCGAGCUGCUAACAUGGAUGAGAAAGGAAGGACCAAAGCCAACGGAAUUUUCUCUUGCAAGUGUACUUAGUGCGUGUGGUAGUACGGCAAUCCUUGACAAGGGGAAGCAACUUCAUGCUCAUGUUCUUAUCAUUGGAUUAGAUCAUACGCCUUUAGUACUGAGUGCUUUGAUCAACAUGUAUUCAAAAUGUGGAAGUAUUGCAGAAGCCGCAAAGAUAUUUAAUUCAGCACAAAAUAAUGACGUUGUAUCAUGCACAGCCAUGAUUCACGGGUAUGCUGAACAUGGAUACAGCCAAGAUGCUAUUAGUUUAUUUGAAAGGAUUUGUUAUGCUGGUCUAAGACCAGAUUCUGUGACCUUCAUUGGUGUUCUAAUCGCUUGUAGUCAUGCUGGCCUUGUUGAUCUAGCUUUUCACUAUUUUAGAUUGAUGAAAGAGGAGUACAAAAUAAGUUACUCAAAAGAACAUUAUGGUUGUAUGAUUGAUCUUCUCUGUCGUGCUGGACGAAUAACGGAUGCUGAGACCAUGAUCAAGAAUAUGCCAUUUGAAAAGGAUGAUGUUGCUUGGUCAAUCUUGCUUAGAGGCUGCAGGUUACAUGGUGAUGUUGAAUGUGGAAGCCGUGCGGCUGAGCAAAUUCUUAAACUUGCUCCAAAUUGUGCUGUGACUCACACUACUUUGUCAAACAUGUAUGCGUCAAAGGGGAAGUGGGGUGAAGUAGCGGAACUGAGGAAGUUGAUGAGAUUGAAAGGCGUCACGAAGGAGCCUGGAUGGUCUUGGAUUAAGGUCAAGGAUCAAGUUUCUGCAUUCGUUGCUGGGGACAAAAAUCAUUCACAAAAUGAAGAUAUUUAUUAUAUAUUGGAUCUGAUAUCCUCAAAAGCAGAAUCUUCUCUUCAGAAUAUUGCUUUUCUUUUGGAGUAGCCAAAACUUAAAAUAACCUCUUCCUUAUUUCCACAGGCAGCUCUGUUCUUUGUAUUCAACUUUAUCCAUUGAAAAUGAGAUAAUGUAAAUCACACAUAUGAAAGUAUCACAUUUUUUGCGAAUUUCAUA